CAGGGCUGCUUUGCCUCCAGCCCCGGGGAUUUCUGCCUUGAAACGGUUUCCGAGGUUGAGGACGUUUGGGACCUGUUUGGUGGCAGUGGCCAUGUUGCGGGCAACUUACCUACCCACCUUCCCAGUGAGCUUCCAACUCCUGAAUGUGGUGCUGGUGUUGCUCUUCCAUGCAGACAGCACACAUGCGGAGAGCCCCAGUGAAUUGCCCGUGAACAACACUGAGGAGUGCACUGGCUCAUAUAUCUGCAAAAAGGGUGUGAUUUUACCAAUAUGGGAACCCCAAGACCCCUCAUUUGGUGACAAAAUCGCUCGGGCAACAGUGUAUUUUGUAGCAAUGGUGUAUAUGUUCCUGGGAGUAUCUAUCAUAGCCGAUCGCUUCAUGUCCUCCAUCGAAGUCAUUACAUCCCAGGAGCGGGAAAUAACCAUCAAGAAGCCCAACGGUGAGACUAGCAAAACCACAGUGAGGAUCUGGAAUGAGACUGUUUCCAACCUCACACUGAUGGCCUUGGGCUCAUCUGCCCCUGAGAUCCUCCUGUCUGUUAUUGAAGUCUGUGGCCAUGGCUUCACGGCAGGGGACUUGGGGCCAAGCACAAUUGUGGGGAGUGCUGCGUUUAACAUGUUUGUCAUCAUUGCAAUCUGUGUUUACGUUGUUCCAGAUGGAGAGAUAAGGAAGAUCAAGCACUUGCGAGUGUUUUUUGUUACAGCGGCCUGGAGCAUCUUUGCCUACACUUGGCUUUACAUUAUUUUAUCUGUGUCUUCUCCUGGGAUUGUGGAGGUUUGGGAAGGCUUGCUCACCUUCUUCUUCUUCCCCAUCUGUGUGGUGUUUGCCUGGAUAGCUGACAGGAGGCUUUUAUUUUACAAGUAUGUCUACAAGAAAUACCGAGCUGGCAAGCAGAGAGGCAUGAUCAUUGAGCAUGAGGGUGACAGGCCCUCCUCCAAAGCUGAUAUCGAGAUGGAUGGAAAGGUUGCGAAUUCUCAUGUGGAGAACUUUUUGGAUGGGACACUGGUGUUGGAGGUGGAUGAGAAAGACCAGGAUGAUGAGGAAGCCAGGAGGGAAAUGGCUCGGAUCCUUAAGGAGCUGAAACAAAAGCACCCUGACAAGGAAAUUGAGCAGCUUAUAGAGUUGGCCAAUUACCAGGUCCUGAGCCAGCAGCAGAAGAGCAGGGCCUUUUACCGCAUUCAGGCCACUCGACUCAUGACAGGAGCUGGCAACAUCUUGAAGAAACAUGCUGCAGACCAGGCCCGCAAAGCUGUCAGUAUGCAUGAGGUCAACAGUGAGGUGGCAGAAAAUGAUCCCAUCAGCAAGCUCUACUUUGAGCAGGGUACCUACCAGUGUCUGGAGAACUGUGGCACUGUCGCCCUGACCAUCAUUCGCCGGGGAGGUGACUUGACCAAAACAGUGUACGUUGACUUCCGGACAGAGGAUGGGACGGCCAAUGCCGGCUCUGACUAUGAGUUCACUGAAGGGACAGUGGUCUUCAAGCCUGGAGAGACCCAGAAGGAAAUCCGUGUUGGCAUAAUCGAUGAUGACAUAUUUGAGGAGGAUGAGAACUUCCUGGUCCAUCUCAGCAAUGUCCGCGUGAGCACUGAGGCCUCAGAUGAGGGCAUUCUUGAGGUCGGUCGUGUCUCAACACUUGCCUGCCUGGGAUCACCAUCUACUGCCACCAUCACGAUCUUUGACGAUGACCAUGCUGGCAUCUUCACCUUUGAGGAGCCAGUAACACAUGUCAGUGAAAGUGUAGGGACCAUGGAAGUGAAAGUGUUGCGAACCUCUGGUGCACGAGGAAGUGUUAUUGUGCCCUACAAAACCAUUGAAGGCUCAGCCAAAGGUGGAGGAGAGGACUUUGAAGACACUUGUGGGGAGCUGGAGUUCCAGAAUGAUGAGAUAGUCAAAACGAUAUCAAUCAAGGUGAUAGAUGAUGAGGAGUAUGAGAAAAACAAGACCUUCUACCUAGAGAUCGGGGAGCCCCGGCUGGUGGAGAUGAGUGAGAAGAAAGGUGGCUUCACCAUCACAGAGGAGAACGAAGAAAAGCAACCACUGACCAUCAAGGAGGAGGAAGAGCGUCGGAUCGCAGAGAUGGGGCGCCCAGUCCUGGGAGAGCACACCAAGCUUGAAGUCAUCAUUGAGGAAUCCUACGAGUUCAAGAACACAGUGGACAAGCUCAUUAAGAAGACGAACCUGGCCCUGGUGGUUGGCACAAACAGUUGGAGGGAGCAGUUUAUUGAGGCUAUUACUGUCAGCGCAGGAGAAGAUGACGAUGACGAUGAAUGUGGGGAGGAGAAGCUGCCUUCCUGCUUCGAUUACGUGAUGCACUUUCUGACCGUCUUCUGGAAGGUCCUUUUUGCCUUCGUGCCUCCAACAGAUUACUGGAAUGGCUGGGCUUGCUUCGUCGUCUCCAUCCUUAUGAUCGGCCUCCUGACAGCAUUCAUCGGCGACCUGGCAUCCCACUUCGGCUGCACCAUUGGCUUGAAGGACUCUGUCACCGCGGUCGUGUUUGUUGCACUGGGAACAUCGGUGCCAGACACAUUUGCCAGCAAAGUAGCAGCGACACAGGACCAGUAUGCGGAUGCCUCCAUCGGGAAUGUCACCGGGAGCAAUGCCGUGAACGUUUUCCUGGGCAUCGGGGUGGCCUGGUCAAUUGCAGCCAUCUACCAUGCAGCACACGGACAAGCUUUCCAAGUCUCGCCUGGCACCCUGGCCUUCUCUGUCACCCUCUUCACCAUUUUUGCUUUUAUCAGUGUGGGCGUGCUGCUCUACCGGCGGAGACCCGAGAUUGGAGGUGAGCUGGGUGGGCCACGGACUUCCAAGCUGCUCACAUCCUCACUUUUUAUCCUCCUCUGGCUCUUGUACAUAUUCUUCUCAUCUCUGGAAGCCUACUGCCACAUAAAGGGCUUCUAAAGGGACAAUCAGAGAUAGUAAAUAUAUAUAUAUAUCUAUAUGUAUCUAUAUAGAGUGAUAUAUAGGUAUAGAUAUAGAUAUAAUGCCGUAUAUAAUGAACAGAGAAAGAAUAAAAGAGAUUUGCUAUGUUCACACACCUGCUGACGGAAAGCAGCUUUGGAGCAUCAUUUGAACUAGGCAGGACCCCAAAUCCAGCAGGGCCCCUUCCAGGGCAGCAGUCCCAGGCAGGAGCCCAGCGGCAGGGCCCUCUCUGCAACUCUACCAACAAGAGCAGCUGAUAGCCACCAAGCCUUUUCCAUCGCUCUCUCCUGCCUGCUGGCCCCCCAGGAGGAUGGAUGCGAAGGCAGCUGGGGCGUAUUGGUACAGGGAAGGCCAGAGUAGCUGGUGAGAAACAGAGCAGUGGGUGAGGGAAGGAGAGGAAAGCAAGGGUCCUGAUCUCCAACCACCAUCUGCCUGCCUUUGCCACUUGGGAACAUCCCCUCUGGCCCCCCUGUUGGAGAGAAGCAAGAGACCAGACUGAAGACAAGGGGUAAUUGGGAGCUUUCUAAGGAUAGAACACAAACCGUUUUUGUCAUUGAUUUGAGGUUGUUUUAGAGUUUUUUGUUUUGGUGUGUGUACAACUAGCAUUUACCCCCCAACAUGCCCCUUGCCUUUCCCCCCUCCAUGCUUCAGGGAUGCGCCACCGCAACCUCGUGUCCAGUGUCCUAAGCCGAGGCUGCAUGGAGCAGCGAGGGCUUUCCUCCUGCCUCAUCUGCCUCCUCGGGCAUGCUGCCGUGGUACUUGUAACAUUUGCAUGAAUGAAAUGAACCCUAUCUGUAUAUAGCAUCCUAUAGCGGUAGUCCUUCCAGCCAUGUGGAUUGAGCAUUGCAGAUACAAGUGUUUUCUUUUCACCAGGUUUUAUUUAUUUUAGUUAGUUUAGUUUUGCCAUAGGUUUUUGUUCAUUUGUUUGUUUCCUCUUAGUGGGUGUAAAAGGAGGGAAAACUGUUCCUAUUUAUUGCUCUGCACGUGGGUCCACAAGAAGCAAUAACAGCCAUGCAGAUGUAGGUUUUCAGGGGAGGAAAGCCCACACCCCAGAGACUGCAGGCUCCAUCCCCCUGCAUGGUCGGAAUCCCCCCCUGACAGUGGCCAGUCCAGGACAUACUGAAGGCCUCCACUGCCCACUAGAGGCUUUACACAAGGUCCCAGGAAGCCUGAGUGGGAAGAGCAGCAUCCAAACCCAAGGAGGACAAGCAUGGGCUGGCUCUCAGCACCUCGUCUGCCUCUGCCUUUAUAGCCAGUGGCUGCCUCAAAACCCUUUGGCCUCCUGCUAUUCCCUGUGUCCCCAAAGGUCUAGUGACAGCCCCUGUUUCUAAGCAUUAAGCCAUCAGGAUCAGUCCCCAAAGCUGGUCCUUCCCUACAGCCAUUUGGAGGCAGAAUAAUUCAGCAUAAAGGCUGAAGGGCUGUAACAGAUCUCUUAUGCCACUGAGGGUAACCAGGAAGGGUGCUUCAAGGAAAAAGGCCACAUUUUGCACUGUUCAAAUCUGAAUCGAUGGGAAGGAUGAGAUAGGGAGGUGUAACUCAGCAUCACCCCCUGACUCCAGCAGCGUGGGCUGAAAUAGAGAGCCGAGCCCAGGAGAGUGUGGGUGUAGAGCUUCCCUGAGUGCAGCACAGGAAUGACAUUGUGCACUGAUGUUGAGAGACAUCUUCUUACCCUACACCCUUCACCAGGCUUCCUGGAGUCCCAGCCAUGCAAAUGCCCAGCCUGCACAGCCACUGGUGAGCUCUUCCCACCCAGCUGAAAACCACAUCUGACACUUGUACCAUGACUGAUUGGUUGGGGGUAUUUGUACUUAUUUUGAACAAUCUGUGGAAAAUUUGAUUAACCUGUUGUAAGAUUUUUAUCUAGGAAUAUGAAGCUGUGGGGUUACUUUUUCUUCUCAAGCCUUCUUUUCCCUUUUAGUGGGGUUUGGGGGUUUUCUUUUUGUUUCUCAUUGUUUUGGGGGAAGAAUCAAACACAGGCACAGGUUGUUCAUGUUUAUGGUUACCUUUAUGUACAAUUAUUUCAUUUUCAUCUGUUUGGCUUCAUUGAUAUUUCUUUAUGUGUAUUGCCCACCACUAUAAGCAGUGAGUCCACUAACUGUGAUGAUGGUACACAAUGGUACACAAUGCACAGACAAAUAAAGUUUGUAAUGUUUCCUGAUGGAUCCAGUAGUGCUCCGCCAUAUUCUCUAUGGAAAACCCUUCCCUCCCCUCCUGUUGUCUCUCCUCACGUUGUACCCAUCUCUUCUUUACUUAGUGGUUUGCUUUUGCUGUGUUUCUGCCACUGACAGGGGGCAACAGUGUCUCUGAAUGCCCACCCUUGCCCCAUCUCACUGCUUUCCUCCUGCUCCAUCUCCAUUGUGCUUCAGGCUCAGUAUGCUGGCCCAGCUCUCAGGGGGUUACAGGAAACUGCCCAGGGACAAAGCUGGCAGUGCAACCCUUCUGGGGCCAGGAGCUCUUCCUAUGAUGGGUCCCCCAUCAGUGCUGGCUUGCCCUAGACUUGGAGAAAGCUGUGUACUUAGCAGUUCUUUCUACUUGUAUCUACGAGUUAUGUAGAAGUGCUCCUGUUCUUCUAGCCUCAUGGUGACUUGUGUUGGGUUAAGCCACUAAAUAAUGUUAAGUCGGAAUGCAAGAGAUUCAGUACAAUGGAAGGGCCCAGGGGUGCAAAAGCAGAUCUGAGACACCCCAUGAGGUUGCCAAGCAAAGUGGGAGCUUGGGCUGCUCUGGGCAGCUGCCUGCCCGUGCCCCAGUCCAGGUGCCAUGGGCUAUUUCUGACCCACCGGGCUUGACAGAGUUCAGCCAGGGCUGAGAAGGGGAGAAGUCUCUACAUGCCCAGCGAUGUUGCACUUCCCCGUGUUUCAUCCAGCAUCUGUUGAGCUGUCCCCAAAUAAAUCUUCCCCAUGAUGCUUCCAAAGUCCCGCUCUAACAGCUGAACUCCCAACACCAGCUCUGGAGAUAGGGCCCCAGUAAAGGUUGCCUUUGUCUGAUAGGGCUCUCCCUGCUCCUCCCCAUGAGUGGUCCUGGGAUCUUGCCCGUGCUCCUGGGGUCCUGACUACGCUCCUGGGGUCCUGCCCGUGCUCCUGCUCACGUUCUUGCCCAUCUGCUGCUCAGGGUCAGGAUGGGGCCGCACAGCUGGUCAGACUGGCACCAACUGCAGUGUCUGACUUUCAAGCUCCACGCUAGAAAUGAGCAAAAGGGGAGAGGGUAGGAUGCAACUGAUUUUGUGGCAGUAUGACCACGUCUGUAGAGGCCCAGAGGCAGUAAAAUUCCCAUCUGCUCAUGUGAGGGGAUGUGUGGCAGAGCAGGUAACUAAUGCACUGCAGCAGCCAGAGGAUUGAACAUGAUCUCUGGGCUGCUCUCACGCAAACCUACCCCUUCCCCACACCCUAUGCUGCUUUUUGCCAUCCAUGCAGCCAGCCCCACUCAUGCCUGAGGUGCUGAGCAUCCUCCAGGUGAGCAUGGAUCCGUCUUCAAUGCUCUUCAAGCCACAGGCAAACACAGUCAGUCAUGUCCGUGUGCUUUUCCCAGGCAGUGAAUUAUGAAAGCAAAGCAGAUCUCCGGACCCAAUAAUUACAUCUACCAAAAGGUGAUGUUGGUAUUUUAUCCUCAUCAUUUGCUGCUUCAGAAUGAAUUGCAGUCACUGAAGUCAUUAACAAGUCGAAUGGGACUUGUGUAGCAGCUCAGUUUAAAUAGGCUGUAAAUAACUGUUCUGCUUACAGAGCUUUCCAAAGGGAAUGAUGAAGCACUGCUUGCUUAGGACAAGGCCUAAAUCACAUAGUAAACACCAGCCUUGUUUAUGCAAUUAUUCUCUGCCAGUCAUGUGCUUUUUAGCAUCUUUAACAAGCUUAUGCAGAGCGUGAUGUCUGUUUGCCCAGGAGGCACAGAUGUGAGUGACGUUUUUACCUGGCUGUUGCCUUGCCAUGCCAAGGAGGGGAAUGACUGCUCCACAGAGCCCCAGCCACCUGCCUCCAUUUACAAGGGCAUAAUGCCUGGUCUUCUGCACCAAACUCAUCUUUAAAUCAAACCCUCCAAAUACAAAAGCAAACUGCCCUCCUCUGUGAGACACUCACACCUGGCGGCAUGCUGCCAGGAGCAGCAGGAGGGAGCUCAGCCCCUGGGCACAGGCAUGUCUUGCCCUCAUGCCUUCCUGCCCCAUGGGGGUCUCCAGAUCCCCUGUCUGAUGCCAGUGCUCUCCCAUCUCCUCCUUAUCCCUGCCAGCCUUCCCACCCUCAUUCGCAAGGGAAAAGCAGUGAGCAUCUCUGAUAAAACCCCAGGCUCAGAGAGGUUGCCAGAAAUUCAGCCUCCGUUCAUCCACCUGCCCCGGCUGCUCUUACUCAUUCUCAUCACUUCACUAAAGCCAAAGGCAAACCUUUCCAUGGAAAAGGAUGCAGCACAGUGCAAAGGACAUUCAGAGACAGCCAUCCAAAUAACACAACAGGCCACUGCAAAGUGCUUGGGGACAAAUGGAAGGAGCACAUGGAGCAGUGACAGCCCUAAGCAUUUUAGCAAAACCAUAUCCCCAGCUCUUCAGGGGCCAACAGGAGUGGAGGCAAAUUCCAGCCACAAGUUGAACACACAGAAAAAGGUGCAAAAGAGCCAAAGACUCUGCAUGUCCUUGGUGCCAGCAGGAGUAGCAAACCUGCAGCAUCUCAGGACUGAGCCCACCCAAACUGCUACCACCCGCCUGCACCAGGGAACCGCUCACUCCAGAGAUGGGAAUCUGUCCUCUCCAAAUAAUGCACCUGCCCAUGUGCCACCCAUUUCCAGGUAGUCUGUGGUGGCUCUGGAGAGACUGCAAGAGUCAUUUGUGCAUCUUUCUCCCCUCUUUUAUCACUUCUUAAAGGACAAAAGAAAAAAGGUAGGCUUUGAGCCUUUUCUGGUCACAAGUCUGGAUGCAGUCUGUUAACUCUCCGUGUUAUUUCUGCUACAGGCAGGGAACAAAGAACCAGAGCCUGUGUGUUAUUGUAACAGCUAUUUUUAAAUGCUUGGGUAGGAAUCAAGUGCAAUGGUAUUGGGGGCCAUAUACGUACCUAAGGAGGAGGCUCAGCUGCAUUCCCGAAGGGGCAGAGCUGGGCAUAGCCAGAACAUGACAGAGAGAAAAAGAGGAAAAACUUAAUGUCUGAGGGUAUUAUUCCAGGAGAAACUCCUGCAUUAUUUUUCUGUAGGCUUUGACACCCAGGACCAUCUGGGGAAGCAUAUUUGCAGAGCAUCAGGAACCUCUCUGGCCUCUCUGAGCAUGCAGUGACCAACCACACACACACAUACACAUGCCCAGCACAGCUGCAGAAAAGCCUGUUUAUCUUGUAAAAAAAUGACUUGCCCAGGAGAGCAUCCAGAAGGAUCUGUAUUCUUGCAAAAAGCACCAAGGGACAAUAAAUAAAGUGAGAUUCCUCACCUUUGAAGGACUUGAGCCUUUCUCCUUUUUGAACUAGAGCUGCCGAGAACCUCUUGCCAGCCAGCCACACCCCUCAUGCAGGGGGAAGGUACGAUGUAAAUGAAAGGGGCCCACAUGGACAUGCAGGAGCUGUUGUCAUCAAAGAUAGCCGGAAGAUUGCUGUUACUAGCAGGAUUUGCUGUCUACAGCACAUCCCUGAGAGCAUCCAAGGGGUCUCUGAAGAGUCUUGCUGUCUCUCAGAAGCAUCUCAAGAAUGGCCAGCCCUGCCUCUGAGCACCCAGUGCCCUCAUGGUGGCUCAUCACUCUGUCCUGCAGGUCCUGCAUCCUCCCUUGGCUCCUUCCCACCCUCACAGUGAACACCAGCUUGGGGGUCCCCUCUCUAGAAGUAUGAAAGAGGGAACUGGGGUGCACACAGUUCCCUAAGUGGGUGCUCUAGAGUGUUGCUGGGUGGUGGAGCUGGGUGCUACUGGUGGGAUGACAAGCAUCAGGGGACACAGGGAAGGGAGAAGUGCCUUGGGGGCCCACAAAGAUCUGGAAAACCUAUUUUAGGCACUGGCACAGCAUGUUCCCUUGCCCCAGCUGCCAUGGCUAUGGACAAGCAUCUUGACUUCUGCACAGCUAUAGCACAGCCUCUAGGUUUUUGGCUGUCUAUGGGCAUCAACCCCAAGUCAGUAUUUUUAUCUAUUCAAAACAGCCCUUGUUCUGUUGUACUGCACUGUGACAGCUCUCCACCCCUCCCAGCACUCACAACCUACCCCCAAGUGUGCAGUUCCAGGUAGUGGUGGGAAGGAGCAUUAGCAAUGCACCAGGAGCAUACCCUACCUGACUUAGUGGUCCUCCAGCAUCCACCUUGAGCCAUCUUGAGGCCCCAAAAUGGCACAUAGUGAUAAUCCAACUUGGGGCUUGCUCUGUGCUGGUCCCACUUGCAGAUCCAAUUUUGCAUGCCCUCUUCCUUCAGGCUCCCUGCAGAGGAGCCUUCUCUGUCUCUCCUGCCCCACAAUGGGGAGCUUCCCAUGUGGAACAAGUCUCCUCUCUCACUGGACUGAACACCAGUGCUUGUUAGUUCAAGUUUGCUGUCUGUAUCUCAGGGCAAAGAUUAACCACUCCAAAAGAUGGCUUAGACUUGAACCCCUGCAAGCAAAGAACCAUACAAGUUUCCACACAGGAGAGACAAACUUCAGCAUGCUGAGCCCUUCCUGAUCAUCACCCAGAUCCUGUUACAGCCACUACCCACAGGCACUGUUUUUAUUGUGCUGCUGUCCUUCACUCAUGAGUUUUUGGAAGACUAAACAUUUCUGCUGAAUUUUGACUUGUUAUCAAAUCCCACAGACGCUCCAUCUCCACCCCCCACCCCAGCUCAGCCUCUACACUUCCAGAGCAAAGUCCACUUCAACUCCUUUUUUUCAAAAUGGAGCCUGUCCUUGGGGCUCUAAAUAUUCUAAAACUUACCUACCUGCCUAAAAAACUUUCCUGCCCCCGCUUAAAAUGAGUAGAGUUUAAGUAAAGCAAGUUGCAGUGGCUUGGGAUGCUUAUCCACACUUAGGGCUAAAGCUAUGCAGGACAUGGAGGACUGCCACAAGGUUCUCUCCCUGCACCUCCUGACCUCUUCGUUGAGGUUGGAUUUAUUUCUCCUCCUUUUUAUUCUAACUCAGAGGAGUUCCUCACAGAUGACGGUGUGGAGUACAGCCUUGAUCUGUUCUCUUGAUGAAAAUUGGCAUGGCAGUCCAUGGCGCUGUCAUCACCAGGAGUGUGUGCCACUCUGACCCAGCCCACAGCCCCUGGCAGGCUCCUCACUUACAGAAAAGUGAGUUUCUGGCAGGUGAGCUUCUUUGCAGAGAUAUUUAGAAAUGUGGAGAGUUGCUGAGUACUGUAAAAUUGCUGCACUAGCACAGGAUAGAUUGGAUCCUGGUGGUGCAAAUAUGUCCCAGCUUGCUAUCAGGCUUGUUUGGGAGCAUUAAUGAAAGUUUUUGCAAACUACUGGCUUUGUGACUCCCAAUGAUGUAGGGAGGUGCACAGAUUUCUUCUUACUCAAUGUAAUGCUGAGAUGGCUCCCUUGCUUUAAGCUAUAGUCCUGUGCAUUUCCCUGGUCUUGCCUUUCAGUAAGAGCUGUGAUGAGAUGCCCCUUGGCUGAACUCCCCCUAUACAUAUGAAAACAAACUGAUGCCUAUUGUGUCUUCAAUUUUUGCCCCAUGUUGCUUUCUUCAUCUUCCAAGCUCUUGAGAAAAUGUGCUCACGCAGCAAGUCAUGCAGGAGACAUGUACCACUUCUAGGAACUCUAGAGAGUAAAAGAUUGCAGUAAUACCUUUUACAGUAUAGUUGCUACGUUAGCAAGAAAGAAAAUGCUAUUUAUUUUUUCCCUGACGAAACUUAACUAGCAACAACACUUGUUCAACUUCUUUUUUCUGUAAUGCUUUAAGCAUUAGGAGGCACAGCUCUGCAAAUAAUGGAGUUUUCAAGACUACCUGUUGAGGACAUUGUUCAGCAAUCCAGCAGAACAAUUUUAUUUGUGGAUGGAGGGGAGAAGUUGG